GAAGCCAAGCUGAUGUACGGGAUGAUAUUCUCCAUCAAAUCAUUUGUUACGAAGGUUUCUCCUGUGGAUCUGCGAGAAGGUUACCUCACCUAUACCACCAACAAGUACCGGCUUAAUCUUUACGAGACUCCAUCAAGAUUAAAAUUUAUCCUUAAUACUGAUGUACAUGCUCAGGGUAUAAAAGAGCUCCUUCAUCAGAUAUAUACACAAGUAUAUGUAGAGUAUAUAGUCUGCAAUCCUCUGUGUCAGCUCAGUAAACCAAUUGAGAGUGAAUUAUAUGCUGCCAAACUGGAUGAAGUGGUUAAACAAAGUCCUGCAUAUGCUUCAAGACCAGCAUAAGGAAAAGCAAUAAAUGGGAAGAUACUUCAUUGUGGUAAAGUGUAAGUGGUAUGAACUCUGUUAAUGGAAGGAAGGUAUUCUACCCUGUGUCUUACCAGGUAUCAUUGACCCAGUGGUCCAGUCUCCUUGAUGACAGUCUGGUUAGUCAGGCUGUUGAUAGUUGCCACACACGUUCAACAUAUAUAUCACCACCUGGUUGGUCAUGAACGGUUUUCAGGAACUUUUUAAGUUUUCUCUUGAGAACAGUUGGAGAUCUGGAAAUUUCCUCUUGUAUUUGAGAAGAGGCAGAGAACGUUUGUGCUUAUAGUUAUAUCUUUGUGUACUUGACCAGUGCUUCUCAGUAGAAGGGUUGUAAGAUAAGAUAAGAUAAGAUUAAGAUAAAUGAUGUGAUUUGAAGGGGGUGGGUUAAUUGGCGUAGUAAGAAUGGAACUUAAUGAACUUGGAGAUGGUAUGGUGAAAUACAAUGUUAGGAGGGGAUUGGGGAGGAAAGAAGUGUGUGCAUUGGAGUGACAGGGAUAAGGGAGAAAGAGAGUAGAUGAAGGAGCAUGUAGGAGGGAAGGAAAGGUAAUAGGAAGUGGGCGACAGAAAUGCUGUGUGUGUGUGUGUGUGUGUGUGUACACAAUAGUUUUAUAUUGUAUUAAAUUAAUAUAUUCAUGGGGAAGCACCCAACCCAUUAGGUAUAUACAGCACCAGGAAGUGGAGGGGUAACUCCAGUUUCUUGGAUCAAGAGCCUUUAAUCAACAUCAAGUCAUUUCUACUUGAAGGGUAUAUGUAUGUUUUAACAAACACUGGUGUAAAAAUCAUGGGUCAGUGUAUUUCAAUAAGUAGAGUCUUGUUGUCAGACAAUGUAUUGCUGUACAGUAUAAGCUUUGUAAAGGCUAUGGUGUUAUAGUAUAUACAUAAUUGUUCACAUUUGUAGUUACUGAAUGCUGAGCCUUGAUGCUGAAGAGUUCUUGAUCCAAGAGAUUAGCACUAUUCCUUUCUUUCUAUCAAAUCUAUUAAUCUCUUAGUCCUCAGGUACUGUACAGCCCUUAUGAGUUUAGUGGUUCUGCAAGAUUGCAAUUAAAUUGUGGAUGAAAUGUGCAGUACUCUUCUCAUAUUUGUGUUAUGUCCGAGAGUUUUUUGCAUGUGCCGCUUUGAAGAAAAAAUGUGUAUAUAUAGAUUUUGAGGAUUUUCUUGAAAUUUGUAAGAGUUUAUUAAAAAUUUAGGUUAAAAACCUCUUGAAUUGCAAUAAGUUACCAGCCAUAAGCAGCUGUAGAUUGAGGGGAAACACACUGAGCUCAAAACAAAUAAAAUUUUUUUUUACAUUGCCCCUUCUAUAAAUUAAGGGGUACUUUUUCAAUUUACAAAAUGUUUAUUUUGAACUUUAAGGUUAGUUUCUUCUCAUAUGGUUAUGGUUGGUUUAUCUGGAUGUUUUAAUAAUGCUAGUACAUUAAUAAUAGUGUUGGCAGUGGUGUGCUGCCAAUACCACUAUCAUCAAUAUUAUAAUCAACUUACAUACAGAGAAUACAAUAUGUAAAUAUUUAUGUAGGAAUUUAAUUGCAGAGCAAUAGGGCAGGUAAACUGCCAUUGUUAUUUUUUGUCUUGUCCUGUGUGGCACUUGUGUGUUCCCCCCAAAAUACUAUGCUUGUACUGUCCUCUUCAUGCCCGGAGUGCCUGUAGAGGACAGAAAAGCUUUGAUAAAUCAGACUAUCACGAUAUCUUGGUUUUGUUAGCAAGGCAUGAUGGGUAUUAGUGCUAUGUAUGGUCUGUGAUAUGUGUUUUCAGGAGUUAUGUUUAUAUUGUCUUCUUUUACAGUCUCAAUUUUUCAGCUCAGAAACCCCACUAACUUUCUUGGGCUUUAAUAUUUAUUUAAAAUUAUUUAGUGUACUGUAAAAGUUUAGGGUUUGAUAAGUAAGACACAUUAUAAUCAUUUUAGUGUAGUGUAUUAAGGGCUGGAUGAGUAAGACUUAAUGUGCAACAGUUGGAUAUCCUUAUUGUUGUAACUUUUCACCUGUACAGGCUAUUUCAGUCAAAUAACAGAGGUGAUUAACUACUGGAAGCAGUGGAGAAGUAAAGAUGAUGUGAUCAGUUCCACAGCCUUGAAAUAGUUUGAGGUAGUCAGUUCCUUGAAAAAUGUUCAGCUCUAUAGUGUUGCUGAACACUAAUCAAAGCUGAGGGAUUGACCACUUCAUCUUUACCUCUCCACUGCUUCUGCUGUCUCCAGUAUUUAGUCACCUCUGUAUUCAACUGAAUAAGCCUACUGUUUAAGUGAAAUGUUUUGACAAGGACACCUAACUGUUGCACAUAUCUUGCUCAUUUACUUGUAGGUGUUGUACACCAAUAAAAUAAUGAGUAUUGAGGUUGCCUUGUGACUGGUAUAAUGCACUUUUAAAUGUGAUCUUUGAUCUGAAAUGAUUUAGGUAAAAUAAAAUACUAAUAAGUUUUAAA